AUGUGUGAGGUUUGCAACGACAGAUGGGAAGUGGCUGUUGCACUCACUGACGGGAGUGGCUUUCGCCAAGUAAGCUUCGUCAACUCCAUUAGUACCAGUCGAGGAGGGACUCACGUGAACUAUGUGGCUGAGCAGGUGGUUGCUGCGGUGAUGGAGGAGAUGACCAAGGAGAAGGGCGCCAAGGCGGGAAAUCUGGCAGUCAAACCCCAGCACGUGCGCAAUCACCUAUGGGUGUUCGUGAACUGCUUGAUUGAGAACCCGGCCUUCGACUCGCAGACCAAGGAGACGCUGACCACGAAGAAGGAGCGCUUUGGCUCGACCUGUGAGCUGUGA